CGCUUCAUAACUCAAUCGAAUUUCGUCACAAAAGGACGUGCUCCGGAUUUUCAAAUCAAAUUUUAUAAAAAUUUACCAUUUUUGUGUCUCAUAAACAUGUUUGAAGCAAGAUUACCCUCAAGCGGCAUCCUCAAGAAGGUCCUCGAUGCCAUCAAGGAUUUAUUGAACGAGGCUACUUUCGAUUGUAAUGACUCCGGAAUUCAAUUGCAAGCCAUGGACAACUCUCACGUCUCCCUCGUUUCGCUCAAAUUGCGUUGCGACGGCUUCGACAAAUAUCGCUGCGAUCGCAACCUCUCGAUGGGCAUGAAUCUCGCGAACAUGGCAAAAAUCUUCAAGUGCGCCAACAACGACGACAUCGUCACAAUGAAGGCCCAGGACAACGCCGAUACCGUCACUUUCAUGUUCGAGUCGCCAAAUCAGGAAAAAGUCUCGGAUUACGAGAUGAAAUUGAUGAAUUUGGACCAGGAGCACUUGGGCAUUCCGGAGACAGAUUAUUCGUGCGUCGUUCGAAUGCCAGCGGCGGAAUUUGCGCGUAUUUGCCGUGAUUUGUCGCAAUUUGGGGAAUCGGUGAUUAUUACCUGCACGAAAGAAGGCGUCAAAUUUAGUGCUUCGGGCGACGCUGGAUCAGCUAAUGUCAAGUUGGCACAAACUUCGAGUGUGGACAAGGAAGAGGAAGCUGUCACAAUUGAGAUGCAAGAGCCUGUGACACUCACAUUCGCCUGUCGCUACUUGAAUUCCUUCACAAAAGCAACCCCAUUGUCGACGCAAGUCCAGCUUUCGAUGUCGGCAGAUGUUCCGCUCGUCGUUGAAUACCGCAUUCAGGAAUUGGGACACAUCCGAUACUAUUUGGCGCCUAAAAUCGAGGACGAUGACAACUAAAAAAUUUCACAUCUGCCUUUCAUUCAACAAAAAAAAAAUUUUUUUUCAUCCAAUUCCUCAAUUUUUUUUUCUUUCCUAUCUUAAGCCACAAUUUGUAAUAAAAACCAUCAAAUAAUAAACAA